GUCAACAGUUUCAUGUUUGCUUGUUCUUCUCCACCCUUCCUUCAUCCCGCCAGUAUAAAAGCAUGUUUCCUGUGUGAUCGCCCACCUCUCUCUCUCUCUGCCGUCAUGACCUUCGUGGCUCCUGCAGGCUACCAGCCGGUCUACUGCCCCAGCAUUCCCUAUCUGGGUCCGAUCCACGGAGGCCUGAGGGACGGGACGUCCAUCUACAUCCAGGGGUCCGUUGCCGAAGACGUCACCAGGUUCGUCGUCAACCUUCUCUGUGGACCGUCUGACUCCAGCGACAUCGCUCUGCACUUCAACCCUCGGUUUGACGGCCGGGACAAGGUGGUCUUCAACUCCCGUGUGAAUGGAUCCUGGGGGUCCGAGGAGAAGACCCACAGCAUGCCGUUCUCCAGGGGGAAUGCCUUUGAGAUGGUCAUCACGAUCUCCUCCCAGGGAUACCAGUUUAAAGUCAACGGGAAAGAAUUCUUCCUGCUCCCACAUCGGAUCUCUGUGGAACGCGUCCGUGCGAUCCAGAUUACGGGAGACGUUUCAGUCCAGACUGUUAACGUCAUCGGAGGUGGACGUCCAGGAGGCCCUGGAGACGGCACCGGGGGUGGAUUCCCAGGAUCACAUCUCCCAGGGAUGGGCGGCCAGCCGGUCUACAACCCUUCUGUUCCGUACCACACCAUGAUCCCAGGAGGGAUGCUCCCUAAGCGGACCGUCGUCAUCCGAGGCGCGGUUCCAUACGGAGCUACCAGGAUGGGCAUCAACUUUGUGGUGAGCAGAACCAAGGACAUAGCUUUCCACAUGAACCCCCGGAUGAAGGAGGGCGUGGUGGUGAGGAACAGCAGGAGCGGAGGGCAGUGGGGCCCGGAGGAGCGAGAGCUCAGCACCAACCCCUUUCAGGAGGGCCAGUACUUUGAUGUGUCGAUUCGCUGCGGAAACCAGGGGUUCAAGGUGUUUGUGAACGGGCAGCACUUGUUUGACUUCACACACCGAACUUCCUUCAACGACAUCGACAAGCUGGAGAUAGAAGGCGACGUCCAGAUCUCCUACAUUCACUUCUGAUGGCUCCCCGGUCAGAAGGAUGCCCCGCCCCCUGGGUUCCGAACCAUGGGUCCUGUUUGGUGAUUAUGAAUAAAGGCAUAAAUGUUAA